CUGAAUUUGUGGAUGUCCAUCAUGGCGGCCUACUUUAAGUGGACAGGUCUGGUAUUAGCGGUUGUUUUAGCCGCCGUAAGCGCAGCCCCGGCAAAGAAGGCCACAGCUCGUGGAUUUGUCAUCAGCAUUGUCACUGACGGAACAUACAGUCUCCAAGUGAACGAUAAAACAUGGCUUCCCAGCGGCCCCAGCUAUUUCUAUGCAGAUGGGACAAAGUACUCGUCAGGGGAUGGGAGCUUGAAGCUUGUCCAGACGUCCUCCUCUAGUGGUACUGACAAGCUGGGACAAUGGCAAGAUACACAGUUUCUCUAUCAUGCCGGGGAAAACGUGGUCACGGCGUCCAUAAGAACGUACCAAACUCUCAACGCUGUUAUUUUUACUCAGAAAUAUGGCAACCCUACUUCCGGUACAACUUCCGGUAAUCGGGAUUCUGUGGCGUCUGCUUUCCCCUCAUUCAAAAUCACAGGAGAGAAGAAUGAGCUGGGUUACGUGUCAUUUGGCGGGAGCAUGACAGGGGAUACCUCUAUGAAAAUGGGCCAGUGGACCAACACAACUGCAUCAAUAAACUACGGCAUUGUUGGCGGCCCGCUGUUGUUGUUUGACCAUGACCAAAACGUCCUCUUUAUUUCCCCGUUCAACGAGUUCAUGGCAGCGUCCGUUUACAAGGAGGAUGACGUCAUCAGCUGGGGCAUCAUGGGAGGCGUCAAUGAUAUCCCCGCGAUGUACGAGUCGUCUUUCAUUGUGUACUACUCCAACCAAGGGAUAAAUCAGGGAAUUGCCGAGUGGGGAGCUUUGAUGAGAUACUACUACGGGCGUGAUCUGUCCUACAGGAAUGCUGAUUUAACGAACAAUUACCUAGGAUUCUGGACAGACAAUGGGGCCUACUAUUAUUACCUUACCGAGAAAAACAAGACGUACGAAGACACUAUUAUCGACGUAAAAACUUAUGCGGAUGAAAUGAAUAUUCCUUACAGAUAUGUCCAGUAUGACUCUUGGUGGUACCCAAAAGGAGAUCUAGGGGGCGUCCUCACAUGGGUGCCCAUGCCAAGUGUCUUCCCCAGCGGCAUGCAGUACGUGUAUAAUAAAACCGGAUGGCCCGUCUCGGCUCAUAACCGCUGGUGGUCCGCCAAGACAACAUACGCCAAGCAAAAUGGCGGGAAUUAUGACUUCAUUGUGGAAGAGACAAAGGCCAUUCCAACGGAUAAGAAUUUUUGGACUGACUUGCUGAGGGAGUCCAGGAAAUGGGGCCUUAUUACUUAUGAACAGGAUUGGUUAGAUCAAGAAUUCGCCGGCCUCAAUGCCACGGUGACGUCCAUCAGCUUGGGACGUGAUUGGUUGAUGCAAAUGGGCGAAGGUGCGGCUAAGAAUGACUUGACAAUUCAGUACUGUAUGUCCAAUCCCAGGCAUAUUCUUCAGAGUCUUGAAAUAUCAGUGGUCACCCAGGCCCGUGUUAGCACGGACUACCACCCAGGCCUGACAAAUUGGAACAUCGGGAUCUCCUCCAUUUUUGCUGACGCUCUGGGUGUAGCACCAUUCAAGGACAACUUCUGGACAACCGUGGUAGAGCCCGGGAACAAAUAUUUGUCGAACGAAACCCACCCUGCCCUGGAGGCUGUCGUCGCCACCCUAAGCACAGGUCCCGUGGGGCCGAGUGACAUGAUCGGCAAGACUGACGUGGAUCUUCUCAUGAGAUGUUGUAACGCCGACGGCCUAAUCCUGAAGCCUUCGAGGCCGGCCCGUUCCAUUGACAAAAGUAUUAUGGAGAAAGCCUUUCAAGACGGAAAAGGACCUGUAGGGGAGGUUUGGUCGACCACGUCCCAGAUUUUCAAUUAUAAUUUCGGAACAAUUCUGGUGCCAUCCCAAGACGACGCUUACCAGCUGACACCGUCCGAUGCUGGGUUUGGCGAUGACUUCCCACCAAGUGUCAUAUUUAAGCACACGUGGCCCACACCAGGGGGAGUGGCUAACUUUUCCCAGAGUGCACCUCUUACCAUCAGUGGCUGUGCUCUGACCGACCCCUGCCUCUGGCAUACUUCUCCCAUCAUCUAUUUCGGGUCACAAGUGUAUCUUCUUGGAGAGCUGUCAAAGUGGGUGCCCAUGUCUCCUCAGAGGGUCACCAACAUCGAGAUCGCUGAGGACGUCUACGUCACGCUGGUUGGCGCGGUGGACGAAACGGUGGAGUUCAGCUUCGGUGAGGAUUUCUCCAAAGUCAACACGGUCUCGUGUAAUCUCGGACCUUCGGGAUCCGCUAUUGUUGCACACGUGGCGAAAUCGUGCAGACCUUUGUAAAGUCGCCUCAGUGACACCUAAAUAUUGUAUAUUUAGGUGUGAAUAAACUGUGCAGCAUACGAGGAUUAAGGAUUUUGUACAUCGAAAUAAAGU